AUGUCGUUCGCAGCGAACAUGUAUCUGUAUCUAGCAGAAGGUGUGGUGAUUUGUGUAACCAAUUUAACGCUUCUCUGGUGUAUCUUAUCCGAUGCGAGAAAUCGAAAACGUCGAGAAUUUCUACUAGUCGCUGCUCAAUCGGUCACCGAUAUCUUCUACGGCGUCGCUUUUAUGCUGAUCGCCAAUUUGAGAUUGGGCCUUUUUUAUGAGAAUAAAUUAACCCUGACCGUUCCAACAUCUCAAUGCGCGUUUAUUCCCGCCUUAUGGUUGCACAAUAUGGCCACACCACUACUCGGAUUAUUGCCAUUCACAACUUCAAUCAAUUUUUUGGUGUGCUCUGUUGCUCCGUUAUGGUACAUGAGAGCCACGCAUUUGUACACAUUUUUCUUACUGUCAGCUCCUGUCACCAUUGCCAUGUCCUUGACAUCUCUAAAUGCACUGAUAUUGAUUGAUAACGAAUCUCCAACUGCUAUCAUUUGUAUCGCCGCAAAUGGCGCCGCCCAUCACAUCGUUUAUCAUAUUAUGCUAUUUUUUCGGAUCAUCGCCAAUUUGGCAUCGGCUGUGAUAUAUUUUAUCAUUAUACUGUAUUUGAAAAAGAGUCACGGUGGAACACUAAAAGACCUCUCUCCACAACAGCUAAAAAUGCAUAGGAACGCAAAAAUCACUCUGGGUCUGGUCACCACCAAUUCUAUGAUUCUUCUUCUAUUCCCAGAUAUUUUGCUAUUUUUCAACCCCUGGAAUAUUACCAAAUUCUAUUCCACCCCGCUAUAUUCGAUGACAUUGAGCAAGAUGUCCGCCGGACCCCCUAGAAACCUGUCUUCCUUCACCUUAUCACCUCAACAAUCGAAUGAACUCGAAAAAGAAUAUCGGUUUCGAUUCAGAAGACAUGUCAGAGAAACUAUCGAGCUGUCCCAAGAACUUGGAAUGGAGCAGGCGGAGGUUUUCGACUGGUUUCUGGCUCGUCAAAACUCGCCAAAGUCCCAAAAAUGCUCAAUUUUGAGCCAAAAUACGGAGAAACAGCGAGAAAAUUUGAAAAUCGUGAGCCAAGGAUUAAAUCAGCUGCCGUCAAUUUUUAUGAGAUGUGUCCCACCGAAAAUCGGCGAAAAAUCAAUGGAAUCAAUCGAUUUUCUGGAGACGGAGCUUGUGAAUUUGACCCGAAAAUUGGAAAAAUCCAAAGAAAUUCAAAACAGCCAACAAUCGAGAAUUUUGGAAUUGGAGGCGGAGCUUGCGAGAGCAGGCCACGCCCACUUUUUGGAAAACGAGAUUUCGGAGAACAGAAAGCGGCUGGAAGAGCUGGAAGAGUUUUUGGAGCUCUGUCACUCCAAAUCAUCGGCUCUUCAGCGAUCAGCGGAAAAGGGGGCGGAGCCUAGCCAAAAGUGGGCGGAGCCUAAACGUUCCAAACAUCAGUUGUUUCAAUCCCAACCCCAAAUCGAAAUAGACAAGGAGGAUGGAUCAAAAGGGGCGGAGCCUGCGGAUACUGUAGUUCUUGUCAACCAAAUCGAAACGUAUGAUGCGCAGGUGGAUACUGUAGUCUUGGAAACGGACACUGUGGAUUACUGUAGCUCAUCCGAAUCUUCCGAGUGGGACGACUUGGAGGAUACUGUAGUUGUCAAUGAAGCAGAUUUGGAGGGAUUACUGUAG